UAAGUUCUGGGGUACAUGUGCUAACGUGCAGGUUUGUUACAUGGGUAUACAUGUGCCAUGGUGGUUUGCUGCACCCAUCAACCCGUCAUCUACAUUAGGUAUUUCUGCUAAUGCUAUCCCUCCCCCAGCCCCCCACCCCCUGACAGGCCCUGGUGUGUGAUGUUCCCCUCCCUGUGUCCAUGUGUUCUCAUUGUUCAGCUCCCACUUAUGAGUGAGAACAUGUGGUGUUUGGUUUUCUGUUCUUGUGUUAGUUUGCUGAGAAGGUUUUUCUUUUCCAUUGCAUUGUCAGGAUGCAAAUUUUCCAAACUUUUGUGCUCUGCUUCCCUUAUAAAACUGAAUGCCUUUAACAGCACCCAAGUCACCUGUUAAAUGCUUUGCUGCUUAGAAGUUUCUUCUGUCAGAUACCCUAAAUCAUCUCCCUCAAGUUCAAACUUCCAUAGAUCUCUAGGAUGGGGCAAAAUGCCGCCAGUCUCUUUGCUAAAACAAAACAAGAAUCACCUUGGAUUCCAUUCCCAACAAGUUCCUCAUCUCCAUCUGAGACCACCUCAGCCUGGACUUUAUUGUCCAUAUCGCUAUCAGCAUUUUGGGCGAAGCCAUUCAACAAGUCUCUAGGAAGUUCCAAACUUUCUCAUUUUCCUGUCUUCUUCGGAGCCCUCCAAACUGUUCCAACCUCUGCCUAUUACCCAGUUCUAAAGUUGCUUCCUCAUUUUUGGGUAACUUUUCAGCAGCACCCCACUCUGCUGGUACCAAUUUACUGUAUUAGUCCAUUUUCAUGCUGCUGAUAAAGACAUAUCUGAGACUGGGAAGAUAAAGCAGUUCAAUUGGACUUACAGUUCCACAUGGCUGGGGAGGUCUCAGAAUCAUGGUGGGAGGCGAAAGACCCUUCUUACGUGGCAGGUGGCAAGAGAGAAAAAUGAAGAUAAAACCGUCAGAUCUCAUGAGACUUAUUCUCUACCAUAAGAACAGUAUGGGGGAAACUGCCCCCGUGAUUCAAAUUAUCUCCCACUGGGUCCCUCCUACAACAUGUGGGAAUUAUGGGAGUACAAUUCCAGAUUAGAUUUGGGUGGGGACACAGAAACAAACCAUAUCAGAUGGGUCAGGGUAAGGUUGGCUGGAUGUAACAAAAGAUGGACAGUAAGUGUAACUAGGCGAGGGGAGGUUGUCCCUACUGUCUAGCACUGAUCUUUAGAUAUAUCAUUGUUGAGGCUAUUUUGUCCACACCAUCUUCAUCUUUCAAGAUCUCUACCCUCUGUUGAGGGCAUGGAUGGAGGAAGUGGGGAGUACCAUGAUUGUUGACAAGGCGGCCACCCACAAGGGCAGUUUGAAUGGCAGGGGGCAUGAACAGGCAUUCUUCUGCUGAAAGAUUUAUGGAUAAUGUUUAGGCAGCCAUCAAGAGAAGGCUGGUGUCCAGCACUGUAUUUCCUCUGUAAGGACUGUGUGAUGUUCUCUGUCAAUGGCAAUGGAUGGCUUGCAGGUUUUGCUUUGACUUCCAAUAGCUCCCACCUCGUUUUUGUCUGGCCAUGUUUCCAUCCUCCCCUUUAGAGUUCUGACUUCCUACUGGGAAGGCAAGGAGCAGCUUCCCACCCCACUGUUCUUAAGAAUGAUCAAUAAGCUUUGCUCCUGUCUGAAUCUACCUUGCUGACUUUCUAUAACUGGGGUUGGAACACUCUCUCUGUAAAAUGUCAGAUAGUGAAUAUUUUAGCUUUUGUGGGCCAAGAGGCAAAAUCAGGAAUGUUUACACAAAUUUUUUGAAAAAAUUCAAAACUUUAUUUAGACACUGAAAUUUGAAUUUUAGGUAAGUUUCAUGUGUCAUGUAAUAUUAUUAUUUUAAUCUUUUCAACCAUUAAAAAAUAUGAAAACCAUUCUUAGCUCAAUGGCCAGAUAGAGUCAAGUGGCCAACUGCAGACAAUAGUUUGCUGACCUCUAUUCUAGAGCCUAUUACUGAAGGAAAAAACCUAACCCUCCCCCACACAAAAAGAAACCCUCUGAAUAUUAAGUGUCUUGCAGUCCAAGAUGCCUCUGACUGACUCAUUCACUAAAAUGAAUGGAAAGAGUUAGGAAGCAUAGGAAAGAAAAGCAUAAAGAUUGUCAAUACUUUUAAGUUCCCAUUUCCCAUAAGCAGGAAGUCAAAAUAUUUUAAGUCCAAACAACUGGCCAGAGCAGUGUCUUUUGAACUUGCUUCAUGACCAGAAUCAUCUGGCUUCUUGUUGAAGCUAGAUUCCCGGACUAGAGGUUUUGAUGCAGGGGAGACUUCUGGGUGGGGUGUGCUCUCGGGACCAGGUAAGCUGAAGAAACACUAUUCCAGGGGGUGUAAAGGAACCUCAAAAGCUGUAGUUCUUAAAGUGUGGUCCGUGGCCCAGCAGAACCAGCAUUACCUGAGAGCUUGUAAGAAAUGCAAGUCUUUGGCCUACCCUAGAAACACUGAAUCAGAAACUGUGGGGGUGGGGUCUGGCAAUCUGGUUUUCAUCAAGCCAGGUGGUCCUGAUGCCCACUAGAAUUUGAGAACGUCUGCUUCAAGGCAUCAUUACCAGCAUCUGGAGAAGUGAUUGAGAACCCACCUGAGCAGUGAAGGCCUGGGCGCUCUUAAACCGCUGUGUUCUCAAGAGCGCAGGUCUGUGGGUGAGAGCAAUUCUAACAGACAUCUGAAGCCAAAGGCCUAGGUUUCCACAGGAAGAUCUGGAAACCCUAUUCAAGGCAAGCCUUUUGCAAGUCAAGGGCUGUAUUCCCCUAAGAGGGGCACCAUGGAUCCUAGAGAUAGCAAAUGCCACCCAAGGUGAUGGUGAGGGAGUUUUCAGCUUUUCUGCACGUGUGACCGUUUACUGCACCAGGAGCUUUCUAGUGACUUCCACCUUUUUCAGGUUUCUCCACGGUCCACCGGGGAAACCCUGUCCUGGGCCUGCCAGUGACGCGCUGGGAGCUUCCUGACCUCACAAGCGGCUCUUGUGAUGUAAUUGCCACCUGAGGUGUGCCCCUCCUGGUCCUGGCGACAUCACAGAGGCUACCUGGGCACGGACCCCGCAGCUUCCUGGGGCCCAGUCAGCAGCUCCAGGUGCCUAAGUCUGGGCUGCGGAGGCCGGGGCGGUGGCGUGCAGGGUGAGGUCUCCCGGGCUGGCGCGCCUGCAAGCCCUCUGCUGCUCCCUCGCGCUAGGCCAGCUCCAGGAGGGCAACAGACGACAGGACGUUGCAAAAGGGCCACUUAAAUUUUCCUUCGAGUAAACAGAACACCUGCCAAGACCCUCGAGCCUGGGCGUGCCCCAAGACAGGUGGUUGGGGUCUAGGAGUCGGCUGCAGCUGGCGAUGCUCUGAGGGGACGUCAGGGCCUCAGGAUGGCCCCUAUGAAGACGAAGUGUAUCUGUGAACUCUGCUCCUGCGGGCAGCAUCACUGUCCACAUCUCCCUACCAAGAUUUAUGAUAAAACAGAGAAACCAUGUCUUCUCUCCGAAUAUACUGAGAACUACCCUUUCUAUCACUCUUACCUGCCCAGAGAGUCCUUCAAGCCAAGGCGGGAGUACCAGAAAGGGUCUAUACCAAUGGAAGGCCUGACUACAUCAAGGAGAGAUUUUGGGCCUCACCAAGUGGCACCAGUGAAGGUCCACCAGUAUGACCAGUUCGUCCCAAGUGAAGAGAAUAUGGAUUUGCUCACGACGUAUAAGAAAGAUUACAAUCCCUACCCUGUCUGUCGAGUGGACCCCAUCAAACCUCGGGACAGUAAAUAUCCAUGUAGUGACAAGAUGGAGUGUUUGCCUACUUAUAAAGCUGAUUAUUUGCCUUGGAACCAACCAAGGCGAGCGCCACUUCGUCUGGAACACAAAUACCAGCCGGCAUCAGUCAGGUUUGAUAAUAGAACCACACACCAGGAUGAUUACCCCAUAAAAGGCCUUGUGAAGACCAUAAGUUGUAAACCUCUGGCCAUGCCAAAGCUCUGUAACAUCCCCUUGGAGGAUGUGACUAACUACAAGAUGAGCUAUGUGGCCCACCCCGUGGAGAAGCGCUUUGUGCAUGAAGCAGAGAAGUUUAGGCCCUGUGAAAUCCCCUUUGAAAGCCUUACCACUCAAAAACAAUCCUACCGGGGCCUGAUGGGGGAGCCUGCCAAGAGCUUGAAACCUCUAGCCUGGCCUCCUGGGCUAGACAUGCCUUUCUCUAACACCACUGAGUUUCGAGAUAAGUACCAAGCUUGGCCAACGCCCCGGAUGUUCUCCAAAGCUCCCAUCACCUAUGUCCCUCCCGAAGACAGGAUGGAUCUUCUGACAACAGUGCAGGCCCAUUACACAUGCCCUAAGGGUGCCCCAGCUCAGUCCUGCCGACCUGCACUUCAGAUUAAGAAGUGCGGUCGCUUUGAAGGCUCUUCCACCACCAAGGAUGACUACAAGCAGUGGUCCAGCAUGCGCACGGGGCCAGUCAAGCCCGUUCCCCAGCUGGAUUUGCCCACCGAGCCCCUGGACUGCCUGACCACCACUCGGGCCCACUAUGUGCCCCAUCCGCCUAUCAAUACCAAAAGCUGUAAGCCUCAUUGGUCUGGCCCUCGAGGAAAUGUCCCUAUGGAAGGCCAGACCACCUACGCCAUCAGCUUUACUCCCAAGGAAAUGGGCAGGUGCCUAGCUUCAUAUCCUGAGCCUCCUGGCUAUACCUUUGAGGAAGUGGAUGCUUUGGGUCACAGGAUCUACAAGCCAGUUUCCCAGGCAGGCUCUCAGCAGAGCAGCCAUCUUUCUGUAGAUGAUUCAGAAAACCCCCACCAGAGGGAGUUGGAAGUGUCAGCCUGAUUUUGAAAAAUUGUAAUUUAGAAAUUACACAGUACUUUUAAAAGCAGACAACUGAGAGUUAUUUGUUGGACAAAAAAGAAUUCCAUAAAAUGACAAAAAAACAAAAAACAAAAAACCUUCACCACUUCCAGAGCACUUGAAUAAAAUGAGAAUCACUUGACUCAGGGAAAAUGACAUUUAAUCACCGGCUAAUUAACUCCCCUUAACUUCUCCUUUACUGCAUCCCCACCCCGUUUCAGGUCCUUUACUUUGUGCUUAUGGAAUCAAAGUUGGUCUCUGAGGUUUUCUCUGAUCCAGAUGUAUUUUAUUAAUUUAAUCAUUGUAUGAACUGACAUAAUGAUUAACCCUUGCCAAGUAUGAAGCGCCAAAGAAUAAAUUUUAUUUUGGGGGGAAUGAAUCUGUA